ACGGUCGCAGAAUUCCGUGCCACACCGGGGCGUGCUGGCCCUUUAAGACGGAUAUAGACAACAGCUCCCCGGCUCCGCGUCGACGAUGUCGCGCGUUACAUCUCAUCCGUAAUUUCACACUUCACAGCUGCUGGACAGAUCAUUUACCUCCAUCGUGAUUUCAAGAGGUUAAUUAGUACAAAGUGUGCAUUCACGGUUUCGGUCGCAGAGGAGGAGAAAUGCGACACCGAGCCCAGCCGGCAGGCUCUGUGGUGCGUAAUUGAUUCGGACAUUGUGCACACCAGCUGGGCUGUGUGUGUUACCUGCACUGGAACAACAAACAUAAAUGAGCUGUCAUGGAAGACAAGCGUAAGAAACGCAGCCCAAAGGUGUCCCUCCCUCAGCCUCCUCCGCCACCCAUCAACCCCCGCAAGCUCGCCGUUCUUCCUGCCAGCAAAAGUGCCACCUUCUCCCUCGGCCUGCCGCAGCCUCCCUCCCCGAAGAACAGGAGCAAGUUUAAGAGAUCCAUAGGAGCGCCGGGACAGCCAAAAGAGGCGUUCACGCCUGUAGUAGCCCCCCCAAAGACGACACGACCACACAGGGAGAAACCCAAGGCUCCGCAGCCGGCAGGGCCCAGUAAAGUGGUCCAGUCUCCCCCCCUGCAGCACUCCUUCCUUACAGAUGUCUCGGAUGUAAGAGAGAUGGAAGGAGGCCUCCUGAACCUACUCAAUGACUUCCACUCAGGCAAAUUACAGGCGUUCGGAAAGGUUUGCUCCUUUGAGCAGCUGGAACAUGUGCGGGAGAUGCAGGAGAAGCUGGCGCGGCUGCACUUCAGCCUCGACAGCCACGUGGAGGAGCUUUCCGAGGAUCAGAAGAAGGGUGCGUCCGAUCUCAACCUGGAACACCUGCUGUGCAACCUGGAGGAGCUCAGCACCUCAAUACAAAAACUCCACUUGGCCGAGAAUCAGGACCUGCCCAAGACAUCUGGUCCCUGACAGAGCAAGGCGGUCAGAACGUUGAUGGCGCGCUAAUCUUUUCUCAAUGUCACAAAAAAAUAAAAAUAUUGAAAAGAGCAGGUUACCAUGGUAUUAAACCAGUUGCCUUAGAAACGGGAGCAGGAAGGUCCAAAGGAAAUGGAGGAGGCCAUUUUUUCACUCAAUCAGUGGAGCUGAGGGGACAUUCCAAUGACUGGAUGCAGUAGAGCAUUAAAUUAGAGCGCAAUUUAAGCGCAGAAAAAACAACAACCAUCAAAUGCCUCAUUCAUAGCACAGAAACAUGACCGCAAACUAGUCUGAUCUGGAAUGUUGGAAAAAAUAAAAAAUGCAUUUAUGUUUUGAAUAUUUUCUUGACAAAAGUGGGUUUGACUAAAA